AUGGCAAGAAGCUUGAAGUUAGCAUGUGUUGUUUUGGUGAUUUGCAUGGUAGUGAUUGCGCCUAUGGCAGAAGCUGCUUUGACAUGUGGAACUGUAACCAGUGAUAUGACUCCAUGCCUAGCUUAUCUUGAAGGUCCUAAUACUGCUAGUCCUCCACCAGCAUGCUGUGCAGGAGUUAAGAAGCUUCUUAGUGCCGCCGCCAGCACGCCUGAUCGUCAGGCUGCCUGUAACUGCUUGAAAUCAGCUGCCGGUGCUAUUUCUAAUUUGAAUCCAAACAAUGCUGCUGUUCUCCCUGGUAAAUGUGGUGUCAGCAUUCCUUACAAGAUCAGUACCUCCACCAACUGUAACACCGUUAAGUUUUGA